UGAGUAUAUUUUCCACUAUAAAUAUCAUCCAUGUACAUAAACACUAUGUACCAACAAAGUAGGUGACUCAAAGAAAAAGGCUAAGCUAGAAAUAGCUAGGGAUACAACUCAAAAGAGAAAAGAGCAAGAAGAUGGCACAAGAAGAAAUGAGAAAAGGACCAUGGACAGAACAAGAAGACCUUCAACUUGCAUUUUAUGUGAAUUUGUUAGGCGAUCGACGAUGGGAUUUCUUAGCCAAAGUUUCAGGUUUGAGAAGAACAGGAAAAAGUUGUAGAUUACGAUGGGUGAAUUACUUACAUCCUGGUCUCAAACGAGGAAAGAUGACUCCACAAGAAGAACGUCUUAUUCUUGAACUCCACUCCAAAUGGGGAAAUAGAUGGUCAAGAAUUGCAAGGGAAGUAUCCGGGAGAACAGACAAUGAAAUAAAGAAUUACUGGAGAACACACAUGAGGAAGCAGGCUCAAGAUGAGAGGAAGUUAAACAAAGCAUCAUCUAGUAUUUCUCCAUCUUCAUCCUUCUCCAAUACUUCAUCUUUCUCGUCUAAUAGUCCUGAUGUGGAUUUCACGCCCAUUAUGGAAAACAACGAAAGGAACUUCUACCCUACAGGUGGACUACAAAAGAAAGUUGUUGACCAUGAUAAAGGAAAAAACAUGAAGGUGUACUCUAUGGAUGAUAUAUGGAAAGACAUUGAAUUAUCAGAAGAAAAUGAAACAAAGAGUAAACAAAUUAUGCCAUCACCUAUAUGGGAUUAUUGUCCAAACACUUUAUGGAUGGCUGAUGAUCAAGAAGAAAGUAAGAUGUUUCCUAUGUUUUAUUGCUUGGAUAACCAGGAUAACACAUUUUUGGCUAACAAAGGGUUAUUUGUUUGAAGGCUCUUUGUUUUUUUAUAGUUGGUGUAGGUAUUGAAAGAUGAGUUUGUACAACAUGUUAAUAAAGAAAAAUAAGAUGGGUAAACAAGUUGCAAUAUGGUUAUCAUUUGUGAAAUGCAAAUUGCAAAUAAAACAAAUUUUGCUUGGUUGAAGUUUAUCAUUUGCUUGGUUGAGAGUAGUUUAUCAAUAAUGCAUAGAAAAUAGUCUAUAAGAAAAAUAAAGUGUGAUGAGUGUUAUAAUGAGAUGUAUAAUAUAAAGAGGUUUUUCUUUUUGGAUUUGUAGUAGUUUCUUGAGUCUACCUAGUGUGUUAAAUUUUUCAUUAUAGUAGUAUUGUGUUGCUUCUCUUGAGUAUUGUAUU